AUGACGGGAAGGUCAAGCGCGAAACGAAGGACGGCUCUGUGUCUGUUGGCACUGUUGUUGUUCUUUCGCCUCUCAGCGUCGUCCGUCGUCGGGGAACCGAUCCCGUCCGAGUACUACGGCAAAACCUCGGACAACGACUUCAUAUUGCUCAACAAGCUGAAGGAGUUGUUCGAGGAGAAACAGUACGUCGCGGAACGGGAGAAAGAGUUGGACAAGGAACGUAUGAAGAUCCAGUCGAUAAUAAUGGAGGGGAAGGAAUCGGAGAUACAAUCAGAUUCGGAUUACUACGCUGAGAAACUACCGACACCGAAUGCCGUGGUUAGACAAGAGCCGCAGCAUUCCGGCAAGCGUACCAUGAUCAGCUAUAUGACGUUGUGCCACUUCAAGAUAUGCAACAUGGGGCGCAAGCGACAAUUUCAUAAGUAAAAAAAACAAGAUAAACGAAAUGGUUGGCGGAUGAUGGGCCAUGGGAUCGAGAAUGGUCGAGCCUCUUGCGCGGUGCACCCUUUACCUCGAACGAGAGACGCGAAAACAGAGGAAACGGAGGAAUUUCCAUUCCUCGAAUGGAAUUCAUUGGCUUUUCAAAUUCUCUAUUCGAUCAAAAAAAAAAAAAAAAAAAAGAAAGAAAAAAUCCGACUCCGAUUCGGCGCCUUCCACGCUCUUUCCAACUCUUUCGAAAAUCCGUUCAAAAAACCACUUAAGGCUCGUCACAUUUGUCAGUGUGAAGCGAGGAAAAGUUUGACGAUCGGCGGGGCCGAUAUUUUGUUACAGACGAUAUAUUUUUCGUUCUCGUAUCGAGGUACGCGAAUUGAUCGUCAAUUAUUAUCUUACGAUCGAUUUACGAGCGAACCCUGAUCGACGAAAAGAUAUUGGGGAUACGAGCGAAUACGCACAUAUUUCACCAGUAUCGUUUAAUUCGAUCGAGGACACUGCAUUCGCGACUCGACAAUUGUUUUUUUACGUAUUCGAUAUAAUUUUUCAAUAUAAUCGUAUUCAAUAUAUAAUUGAACAAAAACGUAAUAAAAUUUCUCGAUGAUCAAUUCAUAUUCCAGAAUUUGUUCGAAAACGAAAUUAAGAGGACGAAAAAGAGACGAACGAACGGAAAGAGAGAAAGAGAGAGAGAGAGAGAGAGAGAGAAAACGAAAGAAAAAGAGUGGAGUGUCCUCGACGAGCCAUCGAUAGAAAAUCGAAAUGGCGAAUAGGUAUUUAUUCGUUAGGUUUAAGCGAGAAGGGUGCAAGGGCCGAGGCUCAAAUGUUCUCGAAACUGUUUUUAAAGUAAUAUAUACGUAUAUUGAAAAGCAAGAAAAUGAGAUUAUCACAGCACGUACAACUAUAAAAAAAAAAGCAUUAUUCUUCUAGUUAGCGAAAAAUUUGUUACGAUACUCUGCUACCCGUUUCUUUAUAUGUAUAUUCAAGUUCAAACAUAUUCGUAAAUAGAAUGUAAACGUUGCUAUAUGUCAAUUAUGAUUUACGACUCUUUUUCCAAUCGCACGCAUUUUGACAAAAUUUCACCACUCUACCUUUCCUAUCCUACGAUUGUUAUCGGAAUAAAAACGAAUGAUACUUUUGAUAUAAAAAAAAAAAAAAAAAAAAGCAACAA